UUGUCAAAUGUCUUGGAAACAAAAAAAAUAACGACCGAAAACGGAAAACGAACAGCGAUACCGUGUGUAUUUUAGAUUUAUUGAAAAUUUAGAUUAUUCUAUUAAUACUUGCAAUUUUCCUUCAAAAGCUACAAGACAUUUUUGUUAACGAUAUUCUGCAGUGGUUAAUUGUGAAGUGCGUCACUGAUUUAGACAAAAUGAAGGAUCCUUUUGUAACAGACUCCGGUAUCGAUUCGCCUGCACGGGAGAGCCUUAGAAAUAUCGAAGGAUGUUACAAUAGAAAUUUAUUUAAAGGAAAAUCAUUUGCCAACUCACGGCGUGCCUUGCAGUCUGGAGCGGAGAAGAUAUCCAGAACUUUCAAAUGUGUUAGAAACACAUUUGGAAAUUUGUCCCAGCACUUUAGGAUGAGUGGGAGGCGCAGACACCGUCUGACGGAGGCUGGAUCUCCGUGUCGGAUGCCAACUACCCCUGUGACUAAAAAGAAACAGAUAUUGGGCCGAAGUCCUACCAAGCUGUACAGUCCUUUUGGAAUUGAAACUCCCCACAGCCGUGACUUCAGGAUGACACCAUACAUGCCUGACACACCAGAGCAUGGAGUUUCACCAAAGAGGCGCAAGGGUAUCACUCAUUCAUGGCACAUUCUAGCUAAGAAGAGGCCAAGGGCUCUGUUCCACUAAUCAUAUAUACCUUAGAACGAACGCACAAACCCACCGCUUGAUUGUAAUUUGUAAGUUAAAAUAGUUUUUAUACAAUAGUAUUAUUUUGUAUGAUUGGUGCUAAUGUAUUACAUGAAAAGUGUCUGUGUUGUGAAACUAUAAUAGAUUAUUUUAUUGUAAUAUAACAGCAUAAGGUGAGAGUAGACACAGGAAAGGAACACCUUAUCUGUACAUCUGGAUUUAAAAAAAAAAAUAGAAUAGAAUAAACUAAGAAACUUCCUUACUCAAUACUAUUGAAUCAUAACAUACAAAUCAUAGUUUCAUAAUAUAGAUAGGUACAGGAACGUAAAUGGAAUGGCACUUAAAAUUUAGUUUAAUUUUCUCUACCUCUAGGAAUUAAUGUAUUUGUUUUCUAAAUGAUGCGUUGAUGCGAACUAACAUAUUAGUGGAAUGUUAUUACUUCUGAAGACCUUACAAACAUGAUAACAAGAUCAGUCCUGGGCCUAUAGCCAAGUGGCACAUACAUUCUCUUUCUACAAAUACUAACGCUUCGAAAACUAAAAAAAAUAUUGAAUGACAUUUCCUAUCGACAGGUCACGUGAUCAAGUUAUCGAUCAGAUCUGUCAUUCCCAUACAUUUUAUUAUUUUUCGAAGCAUCUAUCAGAAAGAGAAUCAACUUGCCACUUGGCUACAUGCCCUUGUAGGAAAUGUGUAUCUAUUGCAUUCAAACAUAAUAUUUGUACAACAUCUAACUCCUUUGAAACUAAAUAACGAAUGGUUGAAUUGAAGAAAUGCAUUUCACUCCAGCACAAAUGAAAAUUAUUGAUACAUAUUAUUUUUUUGUGGCACAACAAUAAAAUGCCACUGCAAAAUGUGAAAGUAUUACAAAGUAAUAGCAGUAUCAUAUCCAGUAUUAAAUACGCCAAAAUUGUAUUGUAUUUGCUAUUUUCAAGACCAGUUUACAUUGAUACAGUGAUACUAGAAUAGUGGAAUGGCCAUAGUUGUGGCCCAGUCCAUUAAAAAUUCAUCAAGAUUAUUACCUUACUAGUAGACAUCAUUACCUUACUAGUUGCUACUCUGUCUACAUACAAUUUUUAAUUUUUUAAUUCCAUAUAUGCAGGGAAUUGGAAAUCUAUCAUGAAAUACAGUAUGUAAAAAUUUGCUUUUACUAAUAUUUAUUUUCAGAAUAUCAUAUUAUCUAACUGCAUUAUAUACUGGUUAGCUGAUGUGGUUUCAAAUCAUAAUGGAUUGGGUUCAAGUCCUGGGUCCAAUUAUUAACAACUUUUUAUUCGUUAUAAAAUUCACAGCAGUCACUCAGAGUUAGGAAUGUAUUUUAGAGAGCAUGUUGAGCCUAUAAGAAAUUCCCCUCCAAUUAGUCUUUCUAUGCUAGGAGUGGGUCCAUGAUCUGUCUGUGUUAAGUCUGACCUCUUAACAGCGGAGCUGUUGACAUUGGAUUGAAAACUGGAUCAAUGUAAACUGACCAUUAUUUUUACUAAUAUACAUGUAUCUUAUUGUAUACAAUUUUAGUAUGUAGUUUUUAAUACGCUUUGUGUGACAAUAUCUAUUAGUCUGCAAAAAAUGUAGGUUUAAGACUGGUUCUAUUUAAUUUAUUGUUUAAGAUUUUGAAGAUGCUGCUAUAAUAAGCUUAAUUAAUUGAUUAAACAUUGUUUAUUUUAAAUAUAAUAUCCAGUAAAUCUACACGAUUCCAAUAGAUGUUUUGUAUUUGUAUAAAACUGUUUACUCAUGUCGUUGUUGUUCUAUUUAACUAUAUUUAUUUCUAACAUAAUAUGUUACAGUUCCUGAUAAUUAUAUUUAAAAUACCUAUAAUAGUUAUAUUUUGUAUUUUAACUCAACUACAGAUGGCUCUGACUUUGAAAUAUAUGUUAACAUUAAUGUAAAUUAAUAAUUGGUAUUUUCCAAAUUUUAUGAGUAUAAGAUACUUGCAAAGACUUAACUCACUUUUGUUGUUGACUGUAGGAUUAUAACAUUUAUAGUCUGGCAAGUUCGUUGAUAACAUUCCCAUGAUAUGCGGGCGACGGGAGGAUAACCGCGGGUGUGUAAUCAUGCGUGCGGCGAAGUGACGUGUAUUAGUCGUGGGUUUUAUAUUCAUCGCUACACGCCCCCCGCCCUGCGCGCAACAUCGGGAGUGUUACAAACGAAGUUGCCAAGGUAUAAUAAAAUUUCACCAUCUGAUAAGUGUUGGAUCUCAGACUAAUUACGUAAGGACUAGUAUUGAACCCAAAUUCAGGAACAAAAUUUCCUGUAAUUUUUUGAGGAAAGCGAGCUUAGAUUAGUUUUAUAUUUCUACUAAAUUAGAACUUGUUGACCGUUUUUUACACCAUUCAGCUACACAUAAAGAUAUUUUUACGGAGCUCUUUAACCGACGAACAUGAUUCGAACUAUGAAACAUCCAUAAUAAAAAGACAGUUUUUAUAAUUAUUGCAUUAGAUCGUUGAUCAUUUACUUUGACAGAAAAGUAACGUCUAGCGAGGCAGUUCCUUAAGUAAUUAGUCUGGAGUGUUGGUAGUUCACAAUUUUUGUCUUUGUCAUAGAAUUUUUGGUGUGUAUGAAAAAUUAACCUGUCUAGUUUCUACCAAGUAAUUUUAUUAUCUACCAACUACUACUACUAAGUAUUCGGUUUUAUAUUUGAAGUUUAUCUUGGUAUAAUAUAUCAUCUACUGUUCUUGCACUGCUAUAAUAUUAGCUUUAAAUAUAUAUAUUAUGUAUUUUCUACAUAAUACCAUAAUAUACAAGUAUAACAUAUUAUAAGACUGAAUGUCUCCUUACCAUUUAGGCCUUUUGUAAUAUUUUUGUCUCUGGUACUAGUGUUGUAAUAGUUUUUUACUGGAAAUAUUAAUGACCAAGAAAUAAGAGAUUUACAAAGUAAAAACAUGAGAAUUCUGAUACCGGGAUGAUCUCUUUGAAAAUGGAAAAUAAGUAGUUAUUUUAAAUGACAGAAUAAUAAGUGUACUCGAAUAUUCUAUCUAUAGUAAAUUGACAACCGUCCUUUUUUUAGUAAAAAUAAUUAGAUACUUACGUAAUAUUGCACUUCCACUGUCCUGUAAACUAUAACUAGAUUAUUGGGUUUGUCAUCCAGUGAAAAACUAUUAUAUACUUAAGGUAAUUCAUUAAAAGAGAAUUCAUUUUAGGUAGGUAUCUGCUUGUUCCAUUAUGAAUAAUCUCAUUUUGCCUCUUGGGAAAUUGAAAAUGUAACUAUAAAACUUAAAUUUUCUAACCCUGUAGAUGAGAGGAGGAAAGUGGGAUAAUAAUGGAAUUAGCUUAAUUUAAUAAUUGGAUCUGUGUUUUCAGGCUAUGCUCGAUGUAUCUCAUUUAUAAUAUACUACAUUAUAAAAUAAACUUUUACAAAUGAAUAAUAA